AGGAUGGUGGUGGUGGUGAUUGUGGAUGGGGUUAGGCUGAGUUUUGGAGCUCAGCUUAGUGGGCUUUAAUGGAUGGGCCUGUUAAGCAUAGCUCGCUCAUCAACUAGUCCAGCCCACUUACAAGUUACAAGCUCGGGGGGUCUGCUUUUCAUCUCCAUUUCGUGCCUUUGCUAUCAAAUCUGAAAUGACAGCGAAAGCGCCGAUGAAUCUCCGGCGCCUUCUAAUAGGGUCCGCCGUCUUCCGGCUGGCUCUGAUUCUGUAUGGAGAAUGGCAGGAUGCCCACAUGGAAGUUCGCUACACCGACGUCGAUUACCUCGUCUUCUCCGAUGCAGCUUCGUUAAUGGCUUCUGGGUCUUCUCCUUACAAGAGAACAACUUACCGCUACUCCCCUUUGCUCGCUUUUCUUCUCCUUCCCAACUCUGUUCUGCACCGCUCAUGGGGCAAAUUCAUCUUCUCCGCUUCAGAUCUUCUAGUUGGCUACUUCAUAUACAAGAUUUUGAAGCAACGUAAGGUGGCUGAGGAUCUAUGCUUAUACUCAGUAAUGGUAUGGCUCCUCAAUCCAUUUACCUUCACCAUUGGAACCCGUGGGAACUGUAAAAUAAUCCAGGCAGCAGUUUGGUAUGGACUUGUAGUCCAUUUCAGAAUCUAUCCAAUAAUCUACUCCCUGCCAAUCAUUUUGGUCCUCAAUCCACGUUACGUCCAACUGGGAAAGAAGCCUCUCCUUGUGAACUGGAAAUCAAACGCCCAUAGGCCAUCAUCCCAAAGCGGCAUGGAAGCAUCCACCCAAUACAACCUAUGGACAGCAGCAAAAUCCAUGUUUUCCAAAGAGCGAGUACUAUUCGGUCUAGUCUCUGGAGGCAUCUUCUUCCUUUGCACCGGGCUUUUCUUCCAUCUAUACCAAUGGGAAUUCUUGAACGAAGCGCUGUUGUACCACCUCACUCGUGCAGAUCCAAGGCACAACUUCUCCGUCUACUUCUACCACAUAUAUCUCCAGUAUGGUCGCCAGCUAUCCCUGGUGGAAAAGCUCAUAUCUUUCUUGCCUCAGUCGAUCGUGCAACUAGUUCUCAUAUCAACCUUCGCCCAAGAUCUCCCGUUCUGCUUCUUCCUACAGACGGUGGCGUUUGUAGCAUUCAACAAGGUAAUCACAGCGCAGUAUUUCGUCUGGUUCUUUUGCCUUCUGCCUUUAAUCUUGCCGUGGAGCGAUAUGAAGCUGAGAUGGGAAGAGCUGGGUUGUGUCGGGUUGUGGAUGGGAGCUCAAUUGCAUUGGCUUCUGUGGGGUUACUUGCUCGAGUUCAAAGGCCAGAAUGUAUUCCUUCAGCUUUGGAUGGCGAGCUUGGUUUUUCUUUUGGCGAAUGCUUCCGUGAUGGCUGUGUUCAUCCGACUGCAGAGGUUUUCUCCCAUCUUUCUGCAGAUCAAGGUGUCAGAUUCCAAGAGUGGAGUCAAAUCCGAGUAAACCCGAUAAUGGUUUGUAAUUGCCAUGUUUUGAUGUUGAUUUGGUGCCAGGAGGCCAGUUGAACCCUUUGUAGACAGUACUGCCUUCUGCAAUAUUUCCACUCUCGCAAAGUUGGGCAGUUUGUCCAACGUGUAAACUCAUUCUACCACAUGUUGCUGACGCAGAUUAUCUUAAUAGCAAUGGGAUGAAAUAGCACCAAACAUAUGUGGCACAAGUGCCACGAGAAGCUUAUUAAUGGCGGCUGGCGAGACAAAAUCAAGCCAACCAGCUGCCAGGAUCUACUAGU